AUGUUUGUUUGGUCUCCUUCUUAUUGGCUCUCCUGGUUGCUUGCUCUCCUUCUUAUUUGCUCUCCUGAUAGUUUUAUCCCAUUCUCAUUUGCUCUCCUUCUUAUUUGCUUUCCUUAUUGUUUGAUCCCCUUCUCGUUUGUUCCCAUGCUUUUGUUUGCUCUCCUUCUUAUUUGCUCUCCUUAUUGUUUGAACCCCUUCUCAUUUGCUCUCCUUCUUAUUUGCUCUCAUGCUUGUUUGCUCUCCUUCUUAUUGGCUCUCCUGAUUGUCUGCUCUCCUUGUCGUUUGCUCUCUUUCUUAUUUACUCUCCCGACCCUUUGCUCUCCUUAUAGUUUUUUUGUUCUGUUUUUCGCUCUUCUGAUUCCUUCUUCCCCUGACUGUUUGCUCUCCUUCUUAUUUGCUCGCCAGAUUUAUUGCUCACUUGAGAGUUCGCCCUCCUGUUUUAUUUGCUCGUGUGCUUCUUUGCAUUAUUGCUUCUUUAAUCUCUUGCUUUCUUUUAAUUUUUCUUUUGUUCGAUUCUUCUGUUUCUUAUUUUUCAACAUUUCUCUUUCAUUUUGGUCUGUUUUUUCCUUCUCUCCUUUCCUUCGCAUUUUCUUUUUAUUUCCGUUUACUUCUUUCACUGCCUUCUUUUUUUUUCUAAUAUUUGUUUGCUCCCAUCUCGCGAAUUUUAUUCAUCUCUAUAUCCACAACAUUUCUUUGACCUUUCUCUCAAUUGUAUUUCUUCCUUUCAUUUAUAUUUUUUUCUUUUUUUUUUUUUCUAUUCUUCUUUUUGGUCUGCUACUUUCUUUUCUUUUUUUCCUAGACACUAGGCACUAUAACAUUAUAUUUUCUUUUUCUUGCGACUUUCUUCCUUUCUUUGCGUCUUUAUUUCCUUACAUUCUCUUUUGCAUUUGUUUCAUUUUUAAACAUCAAGAUUCCAUUAUUUAUUUGUUAUUUCUUACUUUCCUUCUUUCUUUCAUCUUUCUUUCUUUUAUUACUUCUUCCCUUUCUUCAUUCUUUCUUUCUUUUUCUGUUAUGCUUCAUUCUGUUUAUUUUCUUUGUUGCUUUAUUCUUAUUUUACAUUCCUUUUUUCAGAUCUUUUUAUUCUUCAAUAUUCAUUCCAGAUUUUACCUUAUUUCCCUUCAUCUUUCACUCUCUCUAUCUUCCUCUCUCUUUCUCUAUCUCUAUCUCACUCUCGCUCUCAUUUCGCCAGUUUAUUUGAUCCGCUGCUUUUCUGAUAUAAUUUUAUUUCAUUCUUUCUUUAUUUCUUUCUUGGAUGCUUUAUUAAUUUCUUUCUUUUAUUUCUUAUUUCCUCAUUACCAUCCUUCACAAGUUUUCUUGUCUUUCCCUUCAUUAGCAUUUACACUUUUUCUUUUUAACGACUUUUAUUUAAUUACCACGCCCUCUAAAUAUUUCUUUCUUUCUUUCUUUCUUUCUUUUUUUAUUUAUAAUUCAUUUACUUACAACAUUAUUUCUUUUUUCCAUUACUUGAUUAGGCAUUCCUUUCUUUCUCUCUUUCUAACUUCUUUUCCUGCUUUUACUUCAUUAGCAUUUGUCUUCUUUUUUGCUUUGUUUCUUUUCUCUUUCUUUCGUUAA